AUGUCCUACCGGGGAAGGACCUGGACCUUCCUCAGGGGCUUCCUUGCCCUUGGCUUCAGUAACCUGGCCCAGUUUGCUGAGUGGGUCUCAGGUUUGGCAGAUGCCUGCCUCAAGUGCUGCAUUGGAGGGGCCCAGAUCCUGACAGCGGGCCUGGCGGAGCGGGCCUGUUCCAUCCACCCUUCCGUCUCCCUCGCGGCCUCAUUCCCCGUGGCCCAGGGGUUGGCAGGGGGCGGCCACUCGGGUUCCAGUCCUCUCCCGUCCCCGCGGCCGGGGUCAGGCAGGGCCUCCCUCCUCCCCAUCAGCGGAAACCCUGAGCCCACAGGUGAGGAGGAGUGGAAGCUGUGUGCCCAUCCUCGGCUGGAGAUUUACCAGCAAGACCAGAUCCAUUUCAUGUGCCCACUGGCACGGCAGGGAGAUUUCUAUGUUCCUGAGGCGAAGGAGACAGAGCAGAAAUGGCGGGGGCUUGCAGAGGCCAUUGAUGCCCAGGUGGAUGGCACAGGAGCUGACAUGAUGAGUGACACGAUGAGUUCUGUAAGCUUGGAGGUGAGCCCUGGCAGCCGGGAGACUUCAAUUGCCACACUGUCACCGGGGGCGAGCAGCCGUGGCUGGGAUGAUGGUGACACCCGCAGUGAGCACAGUUACAGCGAGUCAGGCGCCAGCGGCUCCUCUUUUGAGGAGCUGGACCUGGAGGGUGAGGGGCUCUUGGGGGAGCCACAGCUGGACCCUGAGACUGAGCCCCUGGGGACUACCAAGUGGCCCUGGCAGCCCAGUACCCCUGAGAAGGGCAAGGAGUAAUCUGUGGCCUGCACCCUCCUGCAGUGCCAUUGCUGAGGAACUGAGCACUCUCCAGCACUCUCCAGCCCUCUUCCUCCUUCUCCUGGGGGAGGAGGGUUUCCUGAGGGACCUGACUUCCCCUGUACCAGGCCUCUUGCUAAGCCUUCUCCUAACUGCUCUUUUGGCUCCCAGGGCCAAAGAAGUCAGGGACUGUUUUCUGCACCAGCCCCCAGGGCUGCUGCCCCUGUUGUGUCUUUUUUUCAGACUCACAUUGGAGCUUCCAGGACCCAGAGUAAAGCCAAUG